CUGACGUUUCGGCAGACGUUGUACGCCCAUUUUAAAGUUCACGAGUAAUGAUUCGCCAAUUUCCAUACAAGGGCGAGUCCUGUUUGCUAAAAGCUGCAUUAGAAGGGUCUUACCCGAAAUGGUAAUUAAUGUGUCGAUAAUCUGUUGGAUUGGCAUUGUGUUUACUAGUAGCGGAUUCGUUCACGGAGCACGUGUACGUCUAGAAGAGGAAGUUAACCAAAGGAAGAAGCAGAGGGCGGGAGAUUUCGAAAAUGGCGGAGUCUAGUGACCAAGUUAGUGUUUUAUCACCGGAGAUGGCGAAGUCACUGCAGCUCUAUGAAGCCCAGUUUUUUGGAUUUACUACUCACAGCAGCAUGAAUCGGAUUCAUAAUGCCUUCCAAGACUGCCUGUAUGAAGUUAUGAUAGCUGUAGAAACAGUAAUCCUCAAAAAUAUCGGAGGUUUUGAAGAUGAUAAUUCAUUGGCUAACCGUGUAAGAGAAUGUACUGAAAAGUUCUUGAAUUUCUUGCAGGGCCGUGUUGAUCUCAUCUCUAAUCGCAUAGAAUGUAUACUUAAGGACAGUGUCUUUAAGGUUCCACCCAACGUUUUAUUACCUGAAGAUGCUUCUCAUGCCAAGUAUCCUUGUGGAAAAGAAAAUAUUGCCAAGAUUGAAGACGAGUUGGCCAAGCUCCAACAGCGAUACCAGGCUGAGCUUUACACAAAGCAAGCCUUGCUUACUGAGAUGGAGCAACAGAGCUUGAUCUUAGCCAAGCAGGAAGGUAUGAUUAAUUGGAUCAAGGAAUUGAGAUCAGAAGACCUUGAGGGAGGAAUUGUAGGCUUGUAUGAAAGGCUGUAUUCUGUGAUGCAAACUAUUAGCCAUUUGUCAAAUGAUCUCCAGAAAUGUGCAGUUCCUCCAUGAAGUUUUUAAGUACUUUCACCUUCCUGUUAUAUAGCCAAUGCAAAAUCAGCAUAAAGUAAAAGUUUCCAUUGUCUUGUUGAUCAUGACUACCUUGUAACACAUUUACAAAAAAUAUCCCUUCAUUAACCUUUUGGUUUUAUAUAUAUAUAUAUGUAAUGUCUUUAUAUUCCAUUUUUUAAAUUUGUAAUACUUGUGUAAUUUCUGAACUAUAAUGAACUGUUUUACAUUCUGCUUUUCUUUAAACAGUGAGAGAACAUUUUUGUAAACAUGAUAAUGCAACUUUUUAUGGUUAUCCUACUGAUUGUGGUUUUUUUUUGGUGGUCUUAUGAUAAAUCAUGUCCUCUCUGUAUGUCCCAUAGUCCUUUUUGUAUGCAUUUAAUUAUUAUAGUGUUAGUGUAUGUAAAAUAUUAUGAAUUAGAUUACAUGUAUUUUAUAAGUCUUUACCCCACCCCUAUAUAUAAUAUAGUAGUACUGUUUCUUUCUUUAAAAUGUAAUUAAAAGUGAAUUUACAUAAAAGUUCAUUAAUUGCAUAUCAAAAACACUAUAGGAAGUUUAGGAAGGAUUAAGAAAAAUAAUCCGUUUAAAAGCACUACACUUUAAGUCAAAAACUGAUCACAGGACCUUCUGAUAUUUUUCCAAAUGUGCGCCAUAGACCAGCAGGAGUGAAAUGAAAGACUUGCAUGCAGCUUCACAAAUGCUGGCCAUUAGUAAUCCAAUCUACUCACCAUGGACUGAAGAUUCAACUAUUCUAGCUAUUCUGCCUGGCCAUGACCCCGGGUUUUGGUAUUUAACUCUACAGUAUGUCUAAUUCACUUUUGGCUUCAUGAGGGGUGCACAUGUCAGUACUUAACCUGCUUAUUUUCCAAUCUGUUAUAUAAAGACUUGAAUUAAAAAAAAAAAAAAUAAUAAUAAA